GGUUACAUGUAAGUAUACUUAAGAGAACCCGGGGUUCAUAUCAGUAGUACCCGAGCCGACAGUCACAAUGACCGAUCGAGCCUUACUAUGGAAUCUUUCUGACACGAACUAUGAGUAAUAGACUAUGGUCAUUCUCUUAAGAUGUUGCAGAAAACUUGUAAACAAUUGAUAGAGAAAUUAUUAUCAAAUGAAAGUUAUGUGCGAAAUAUCAGAAGACUUAUAUGUCUACAACACAAAAAGUUACACAUUUUAACAUACAUCCACAAUACAAGGACCAGAAAACCUAUGGUUGCAACAACAAACCAAAGCUUUACACAAAGUUCAAGUCUUGUGAAGAAUGAAAACAAACUUGACAUUAAUACCAGUACAUCUUCUCAUCAGUCAACAAUAUUUUGCCUAUCAUCUGGAAAAGGAAAAUGUGGAAUAGCAGUCAUCAGAGUAUCUGGCCAGGCAUGUAGGCAGGUGCUGAAAGAUAUGGCUCAGUUUCACCACAUGCCAAUACCAAGACAGGCUGUUCUGAGGAAAAUUGUAGAUUCAGGCAAUGGUGUUGUGAUUGACAAAGGAUUAGUGAUAUUUUUUCCAGCGCCCCACAGUUUUACAGGUGAGGAUUGUGUGGAGUUCCAUUUACAUGGUGGCCCUGCUGUUGUCUCUGCCCUACUCUGUGCUCUUCAUUCUAUACCAGGGUGUAGAGAGGCCCACCCUGGCGAGUUCACUAAGAGGGCCUUUAUGAAUGGUAAGUUGGACAUGACAGAGGUUGAAGGACUUGGGGACCUGAUACAUGCAGAGACUGAGGUACAGAGAAGGCAGGCCCUUAGACAGAUGGAUGGGGACUUGAGCCAGCUCUACCAGGGAUGGCGGGCUGACAUCAUCAAGUGUGUUGCUGAUCUAGAGGCUUUCAUUGACUUCAGUGAAGAUCAGGAUAUAGAAGAACAUGUGGUGGAAUCUGUGAAAUCUCGGGUGGGAAAGCUGAGACUUGAAAUCUCCCGCCAUCUCCAUGACAACAGACAAGGGGAGCGACUCCGAGAUGGGGUACAGGUGGUCAUACUGGGGGAGCCCAAUGUGGGGAAGAGCAGCCUUAUGAAUGCAUUGAGUCAGAGGCCAGCUGCCAUUGUGACAGAUGUUGCAGGGACAACGCGAGACAUCAUAGAGACCCACUUGAAUAUUGCUGGAUACCCAGUGUUGCUAAGCGACACAGCUGGUCUUCGCGACACAGCGGAUAAGGUUGAAAAGGAGGGGGUGAUCAGAGCAAGAAAAAGGGCCGAACAAGCAGAUGUCAAGGUGGUGGUUCUUGACCUUCAACAAUGGCAGAAUUGUAAAAACAAUAACAGGAAAUCAUCCAUCACUGAAUUUGUUAUUUCUCAAAUAAAUAGUUUGGGACUGCAGCUUUAUCAAGCCUCGGCUUCAAGUUUGCAGAUAUUGAAUGCAGACUUGUCUGAUAGUGAUUCAACCCCUCAAUUGGUGGAUGAGGAGUAUUGUCAGACUAUUAUAGUGCUUAACAAAUUAGACUUGGUCCAAGGGAAUACUCUGGAAGAUUUGAAAUCGAUUGACAACAAAGUGUUGAACUGUGCUGUAGGAAGUUGCUUGGAGGCACAAUCCGGUAGAGAAUUGGAGCCUAACUCUCCAGUAGAUUUCCCAUCAGUUUGCUGUGUAUCCUGUACAACAGGAGAGGGCAUGCAAGAGUUCUUGGCAAUCCUAGAAUCAAAACUUAAGAUCAUGUGUGGUGAUCCACUGGCCGGAAGCCCCAGUUUGACCCAGGCCCGACACAGGUCACACCUCACCAAGUGUCUGGCCGACCUUGAGCAGUUUGGUCAGAUGACCCCAGCAGACGACUUCGUGAUCGCCUCGGAAGCUUUGCGGAGGGUACUUAGAGAAAUUGGGAAACUAACGGGAAAAAUUACGACGGAGGAAAUCCUUGAUGUAAUAUUUAGGGAUUUCUGUAUAGGAAAAUAAUUAUAAAUAAUCAACCUGUAAUUUACACUUAACGUCUGCUGAAACUUUCGUCAACCAAGUGCCAAGUGUUUCAUGUUUUAAAAAUUUGAUAACGUGUUUGUAAUCAUAAUGUUAAAUUACAUAAGAACUUUUGAUAAAUGAAAGUAUUUUACUUCACUGUGGUAUAUAUUGGUCAUACCAUGUAUUUACAUGAAAUAGGAACUUAAUGUGUUGUUUGCUUGUACCUUCUUAAAAGUGUUUACAGCAAUAUUAAAUGUAUGAUUUUGUAUAGCCUUUUGUGGCUGACUAUGUACGAAAUUCUUUUUGUGAAAUAACUACAAUAACUUCUAUCUAGUUGCUACUAUUUAUUGACGUCAAUAAAGUAUUUGUAUCGUA